UGUUUUUAGCUCUGGCAUUUUCGCCUUUGUUUUCAUCCAAGUUAUCUUCCGCACAGCUGAAAUUGAAUUUAUUCUUUAUAUAGUUGAUAUUUGACUUAAAUCGAAAAUGAAGUGACGAGCUUACAUUCUUAAUAAGAUACCAGCAUUUUCGGCAUCGAGAUUUUCUAAGUGUAUCUUGAGAGCUGAAGUUAAGGUAUACAUUACAUAUCCGUUUAACUGCUGGCACAAACUGAUCAAAUAAAGAGAACAUAUGGUUGUAUAGGCAAGACCGCUGGUAGUUAUUGAAUCGGCUAGUUUUUAUGCACACUUAUCGCCAUCGUAAAGCUAUUAAUAUGUACGAUAUUCCAUUAGGAGUCUUGGCUGCACAAAAGCUAAGCUUAUUGUGCUGUCCCCGCCUGCAAUUGCGCAAGGAUAUUAUCUUCAAAGGAUCUAUCAUUAUCCUUACAUAUCUGGCAUAUGCUGCUUAUCAUAUGUCCAGAAAACCAAUAUCCGUUGUCAAAUCAGUAUUACAUGAGAACUGCACAAAUCCCAGCAACACCUCUGACAAUGACUGUGGCUAUCCACCUUUUGAUGUGCCCGAUGCGUCCACAUUGUUUGGCACACUUGAUUCGGCAUUUCUUGUCACCUAUGCCAUUUCCAUGUUUGUGUCCGGCAUUGUUGCCGAACGGGUUUCACUGCGCUACUAUCUGAGCUUGGGCAUGCUAUUUUCUGGACUCUUCACACUACUUUUUGGCGCAGCCAAAUCAUGGAACAUACAUAGUAUGUGGUACUUUGUUAUUGUUCAGGUAUUGGGCGGCAUUGUACAAACAACUGGCUGGCCAGGUGUAGUCACAUUGAUGGCUCGUUGGUUUGGCAGAUCGAAGCGUGGUCUCAUAUUUGGCAUUUGGAAUAGUCACACUUCGGUGGGCAACAUACUUGGCACUUUGAUAGCCGCCCAUUUUGUGGAGAGCAAUUGGAUGCUAUCGUUUGCCGUGCCCGGCGCCAUUAUGUCCGGUUUGGGAUUUGUGAUGUUUUUAUUUAUUGUCGAUGAUCCAGAAAUUGUUGGUUUGGCUUCCACACGUCCUCAUUUACCGGUGCAUCAUAGCAGUGGCCAUGAAGACGAAGAACGUGGAUCGGGUGUGGCAAAUUAUGAUGCGAACAUUGGCAUUCAUGGCUAUGAAGACGAUUAUACAGAGAUAAAUCAUCGUGCAUCUGAACGUACCCCGAUGUUGACACGCAGCAGAUCACAAACGAAUACACAAAGCGAACGCAAUGCAGUUGGCUUACUGCAGGCGCUAGCUAUUCCCGGCGUUGUGGAGUUCUCAUUGUGUUUGUUCUUUGCCAAGCUCGUAAGUUACACAUUCCUCUAUUGGCUGCCACUCUAUAUACAGUCUUCCACUACCUUAAGUCCCAGCGUUGCUGCAGAUGUCUCCACGCUGUUCGAUAUUGGUGGCAUUUUUGGUGCAAUCGCAGCGGGAACUGUAUCCGAUUAUACAGGAAUGCCAGCUACAACUUGCCUUGUUUUGUUAGUUUGUGCCGCGCCGCUGAUGUUUUUGUAUGUGCAUUUUGGUGGCAUAUCUUUAGUCGUCAACUAUAUUUUACUUUUGCUGGCUGGUUUUAUGGUAAAUGGGCCAUAUGCGCUCAUUACAACUUUUGUUAGUGCCGAGUUAGGACAACAUCAAUCUUUGUCGCACAAUGCUAAAGCUCUCGCCACAGUGACGGCGAUUAUCGAUGGUACUGGAUCAAUAGGUGCGGCCGUUGGUCCAUUUAUUGCCGGUUUGGUGUCACAGAGCGGCUGGGAGAACGUAUUCAAUAUGCUUAUUUGCGCCGAUAUAUUGGCUAUGAUUAUAGUAUCGCGCCAAGUGGUUAAAGAAUUAAUUAGGGGUCGCGGCGUGCGCCGUACACGUAUAGAGUAGAACCUUGUCAACAUAGGCGUAAUUUAAUAUUCUAUAUAUAUACAUUUAUAUGUAUUUUACAAGUAACGAUACCGUCUUCAUAUGGCUCACAUUUUAUUUUACUGAAAUGACUACAACUACAAAGUAUAAUCAUGUAUGACGAACUAAAUUAUGCUGUUGUGUCUUGCAUUUUUAAGGAUUUACGUUAAUGUGCUAUUAUAUUUGAAUUAUGUUUAUAUGUUUAAAUGGCAGUUUUGUGAAAACAUGUAACUGCUAUAUGUAUAAUAUUAGUUAUAAAGAUUCCAUAAUGUUUUAAAUGUAAAUAGAGCAUAAUAAAAUGAUAAUCUAUGUUUUAUCAUCUGCUACCUAAUUUAGAAUUCCAAUA